AUGCUCCCAGAUGCGCUACAGCUAUCACUCAUAGAGCAGUGGCAGUGCAGAGAUGUUCAAAUCAAGCAGUUGGCAGCUCUCCUCUCGCACUCACGACCCUCUCCUUCGUCACUAGUGAUCUAUGGCCCGAGAGCAACAGGCAAGAGCAGCGUCACUAGGUCAUACUUGGAGCAGAGCAAACUUCCACACGCCAUCAUACCAUGUCGCGAGUGCGUGACCGGCAGACACCUACUUGAGCGCACCGUCGCGGCUGUAGACGAGGCAUUGCGAUUGCACGGAUCCAAUGGAGAUGCGCCGGCAUACAAUGCACGAUGCGAGAACAUCAGCGUCUUGUCAGUGCACCUGCAAAAGCUCACGACCGAGCAGAAUAAAUUUGUUCUUGUCUUUGAUGGCAUAGACAAGCAGAGAGAUGCGCCGCCAACACUAUUGGCAGCAUUAGGCAGGCUGGGAGAAACCCUUCCUCAGUUGACCGUGGUGAUGAUCGUGCGUCAUCCACCACCUCGAUUCUUACAUCAGGCUGGUGUGCCUCACCUGCACUUCGCAACUUAUUCACGAAAUCAGACCGUGCAUAUCGUAGCUCGGAAUCCACUAGAUAUAUUCCUGGACGCUCCGCCGGCUGAGCUUGAUUACGAUGACGAGACACACGAGGAAGACAAGGCCUGGUUGUGGCCGCGGUUCUGCGCGGCUGUCUGGGAUGCCUUAGGUCACAACGCAGCUCGAGAUCUGGUCGCUUUUCGUGCGACUUGCCAUAAACUGUGGAGGCCAUUUGUAGCGCCGGUUAUUAAGGGUGACUUUGGCACACGAGACUUCACCAGAUUAUUAGUGGCACAGCGGAGGUUGUUUCAAGACGAGAGCGUGUUGCUCGACUCGAUUAUCCAGAAUUCGGUGGCAGCGACGACCGUUUCGAGAAGCAAGACCCAUGAGCUUCCAUACUACGCCAAAUGGCUGCUUGUAGCAGCGUACCUAGCCUCCUUCAAUCCUGCAAGGUUCGAUGCUUUAUACUUCAUGAAGUCAACAGAACGGAAGCGACGAAAGAAGGGCGGUGGAACAGCACGCUCCGGCGGACGACCAAGCCAAAUUCGCAAGGUCCCUCGCCACCUGCUUGCGGCAUCUGCGUUCACUGCUGAUCGGCUCCUGGCGAUACUUCAUGCAAUACUGCCAGCCGAUAUACGAACCACAAUAGACAUCCCAUUUGUGACCGCCGAUAUGACUGAUCAAGCCUACCCUCGCAGAGGGAGUACGUGCUUUCUCAUCGCCGUCGCGUAG